AUGGCGCCCCGCGAGCGGCCAAAGGACCCGGAGGAAGAUGAGGCCGUUGCUGGCCCGAAAAAGAUGAAUUUCGGCCCGAACAAGGACCCCCAGUGGUGGGACAUCAACACUUUUACCAAGGAUGACAAUAAGAACGGACUACUGGAGGAGUCGUCGUUUUCCUGCGUUUUCCCGAAGUAUAGGGAAAAGUAUAUCAGGGAAUGCUGGCCACUGCUGGAAAAAGCGCUGAAGCCACACGAGCUGAAGGCGGAUCUCGAUUUGAUUGAAGGAACGAUGACGGUACGAACCACACGAAAGACCUGGGAUCCGUACAUUAUCAUCAAAGCCCGCGAUUUGAUCAGGCUUAUCUCGAGGAGUGUGCCAUUUGAGAAUGCCGCCAAGGCAUUGGAUGAUGACGUCGCGUGUGAAAUUCUGAAGAUUGCCGGCAUGUGCUCAAACAAAGAACGUUUCAUCAAAAGACGAGCCCGAUUAGUUGGAAAUGAGGGCGCCACUUUAAAAGCAAUCGAGCUGCUGACGGAAUGUUAUGUGGCCAUCCAGGGAAGCACCGUAUCAGCCGUUGGCCCGUUUCACGGCUUGAAGCAAGCCAUGCAAAUCGUGACGGAUUGCAUGCAGAAAAACAUUCACCCCAUCUACAACAUCAAGACGCUGAUGAUCAAGCGCGAGCUGGCCAAAAACGAGAAGCUCAAGGACGAGAACUGGGAGCGAUUCUUGCCCCAUUUCAAGAAGAAGGUUCAAUCAGCCGCGACGACGGCCGAGGCGAAGAAGAAGAAGGCCAAGAAGUGGAAACAAAAGCCCGAGUACACCCCCUAUCCACCCGCACAGCAGCCCAGCAAGGUGGACAAGAUGCUGGAGACGGGUGAGUACUUUAUCACGGAAGAAAAGCGGGAACGCGACAAGAAGAGGGAAAAAGCCGAAAAGAUGCAGCAGAGGACAAAGGAGCGCAUCAAGGAACGAAACGCAACGCUCAUCCCGAAGCCCGAGAAACCCAUGGAAAAAGUGACGAAGCGGAAGGAGGAGCCGACCGUCGACGUGGCCUCCCUCAAGAAGAAGGCGAAGAAGUUGAAAUUACAG